AUGGAAGAUAUUGUUGUUUCGGUUGCAGGAAAAGUUUCAGAGUACCUGGUUGAUCCAGUUGUACGUCAGCUGGGUUAUCUGUUUAACUACCGUACCAACAUUGAGGACCUCUCUCAAGAGGUUGAGAAGCUGAGGGGUGCCAGGGCUAGGCUGCAGCACUCUGUGGAUGAAGCUAUUGGGAAUGGACAUAUAAUCGAAGAUGAUGUUUGCAAGUGGAUGAAACGUGCUGAUGGGUUCAUACAAAAUGCUUGCAAAUUCCUUGAAGAUGAGAAGGAGGCGCGGAAGAGUUGUUUCAAUGGGUUGUGUCCUAAUUUGAAGUCCCGGUACCAGCUAAGCAGGGAAGCAAGGAAGAAGGCAGGGGUUUCUGUUCAAAUCCUUGGAGAUGGCCAAUUUGAGAAGGGAUGCCAAGAUCAACAAGAUCGGGGUAUGGGGUUGGGCGGUGUCGGGAAGACCACGCUGGUGAAACAAGUGGCUGAACAAGCUGCUCAAGAGAAGUUAUUCGACAAGGUGGUCACGGCAGCUGUGUUAGAGACUCCAGACUUAAAAAAAAUUCAAGGGGAACUUGCAGACCUUCUAGGUAUGAAAUUUGAGGAGGAGAGUGAACAGGGAAGAGCAGCUCGACUAUAUCAGAGGAUGAACGAGGAGAAGACCAUCCUCAUCAUCUUGGAUGAUAUUUGGGCGAAACUUGACUUGGAGAAAAUAGGAAUUCCUUCUCCAGAUCACCACAAAGGAUGCAAAUUAGUGCUAACUUCUAGAAAUGAACACAUCUUGUCCAAUGAGAUGGAUACUCAAAAGGAUUUUCGAGUUCAACCUUUGCAAGAAGAUGAAACAUGGAUUUUAUUUAAGAACACAGCUGGUUCCAUUGAAAAUCCAGAGUUGCAACCUAUAGCUGUUGAUGUAGCAAAAGAAUGCGCGGGUUUGCCACUUGCAAUAGUAACUGUGGCAACAGCAUUGAAAGGCGAGAAGAGUGUGUCCAUUUGGGAGGAUGCCCGGCUACAACUGAAAUCGCAAACCUCGACUAACGUAACAGGACUGACAACAAAUGUAUACUCAAGUCUGAAGUUGAGCUACGAACACUUGAAGGGAGUUGAAGUGAAGUCAUUUUUCUUGCUUUGUGGUUUAAUUUCUCAAAAUGAUAUCAGUAUUAGGGACUUGUUGAAAUAUGGUGUGGGUCUGCGAUUAUUUCAAGGAACUAAUACAUUGGAAGAGGCGAAAAAUAGAAUAGAUACAUUGGUUGACAACCUCAAAUCCUCAAAUUUUUUACUAGAAACUGGCCAUAAUGCGUAUGUUAGAAUGCAUGAUCUUGUUCGGAGUACUGCCAGAAAAAUUGCAUCCGAUCAACAUCAUGUGUUUACACUCCAGAAUACUACUGUAAGAGUGGAAGGAUGGCCAAGGAUAGAUGAACUCCAGAAGGUCACCUGGGUAAGUCUGCUUGAUUGUGAUAUUCGUGAACUUCCAGAAGGGUUGGUAUGUCCAAAACUUGAACUUUUUGGAUGUUAUGAUGUAAACACCAAUUCGGCAGUGCAAAUCCCAAACAAUUUUUUUGAAGAGAUGAAGCAACUCAAAGUAUUAGAUUUAUCUCGAAUGCAACUUCCAUCGCUGCCCUUAUCAUGUCAUUGCCGUACAAAUCUUCGAACAUUGUGUUUGGAUGGAUGCAAGUUGGGAGACAUUGUUAUAAUUGCAGAGCUAAAGAAAUUAGAAAUUCUUAGUCUUAUGGAUUCUGAUAUCGAACAGUUGCCCAGAGAAAUAGCACAGUUGACUCAUUUGAGGCUAUUCGAUUUGAAGGGUUCUGACAAACUAAAAGUAAUUCCACCAGAUGUCAUAUCAAGCUUGUUCCGAUUAGAGGAUUUGUGUAUGGAAGAUAGCUUUACUCAAUGGGAGGGGGAAGGAAAGAGUAAUGCUAACCUUGCUGAGUUGAAACAUUUGUCUCAUUUAACCGCUUUGGACAUACAAAUACCAGACGCCAAGUUGCUGCCAAAAGACAUGGUCUUUGAUAACUUGGUGAGAUAUAGAAUAUUUGUAGGUGAUGUCUGGAGCUGGGAAGAAAAUUUCAAAGUCAAUAGUACGUUGAAGCUCAACAAGUUCGACACCAGCCUUCAUCUGGUGGAUGGUAUCUGCAAGUUGUUGAAGAGAACCGAAGAUCUACACUUGCGUGAAUUGUGUGGUGGUACUAAUGUUCUUUCUAAAUUAAAUAGGGAGGGUUUUCUUAAAUUAAAGCAUCUUAAUGUUGAAAGCAGUCCAGAGAUUCAAUAUAUUGUGAACUCGAUGGAUCUGACUCCAUCACAUGGUGCCUUUCCUGUUAUGGAGACAUUGUCUCUCAAUCAGCUGAUUAACUUGCAAGAAGUAUGCCGUGGCCAAUUUCCAGCAGGGUCCUUUGGUUGCUUGAGAAAAGUGGAAGUGGGAGAUUGCAACGGCUUGAAAUGUCUCUUCUCGUUGUCUGUGGCUAGAGGCCUGUCCCGACUUGAAGAAAUAAAAGUAACUAGAUGCAAGAGUAUGGUUGAGAUGGUUUCCCAAGAAAGGAAAGAAAUAAGAGAAGAUGCUGUUAAUGUGCCUCUGUUCCCUGAAUUGAGAUACUUGACGUUAGAGGACUUACCCAAGCUCAGUAAUUUCUGCUUUGAGGAGAACCCGGUGCUUCCGAAGCCUACAAGCACAAUUGUUGGUCCUAGUACACCACCUCUCAACCAACCGGAGAUUAGGGAUGGCCAACUUCUGCUUUCCUUGGGCGGCAACCUCUGGUCUCUCAACUUGAAGAAUUGCAUGUCACUAUUGAACCUAUUCCCACCCAGUUUGUUACAGAAUUUGGAAGAACUAAUAGUGGAAAACUGUGGUCAACUGGACCACGUAUUUGAUUUUGAAGGGCCAAAUGUUGAUGAUGGGCAUGUUGGGCUCCUCCCUAAAUUAGGAGUACUGAAGUUGAUUGGUCUACCCAAGUUGAGGCAUAUAUGCAACUGUGGCAGCUCCAGAAAUCAUUUCCCUUCUUCCAUGGCUUCUGCUCCUAUAAGCAAUAUCAUAUUCCCUAAAUUAAGCGAUAUUAAACUGGAAUCUUUGCCCAACCUCACAAGCUUCGUCUCCCCUGGAUAUCAUUCCCUCCAAAGGCUUCACCAUGCAGACCUUGAUACCCCCUUCCCGGUGCUCUUUGAUGAAAGGGUUGCAUUUCCUAGCUUGAAGUUCUUAAUCAUCUCGGGACUGGAUAAUGUGAAAAAAAUAUGGCACAACCAAAUUCCUCAAGAUUCCUUCUCCAAACUAGAAGUGGUGAAGGUAGCAUCAUGUGGAGAAUUGUUGAAUAUUUUUCCAUCUUGUGUGCUGAAAAGGUCACAGAGUCUACGGCUUGUGGAAGUAUUGGACUGUAGUUUAUUAGAAGAGGUUUUUGAUGUGGAAGGGACAAAUGUGAAUGUAAAUGUGAAGGAAGGUGUAACUGUCACCCAGUUGAGUCGAUUGAUUCUACGAUUGCUGCCAAAAGUUGAAAAGAUAUGGAAUAAGGAUCCCCAUGGAAUUCUCAAUUUUCAAAACUUAAAAUCAAUAUUUAUUGUUAAAUGUCAAAGUCUGAAAAACCUUUUUCCAGCAUCUCUAGUCAAAGAUCUUGAGCAACUUGAGAAACUGCAGUUGUUUUCUUGUGGGGUAGAGGAAAUUGUUGCAAAGGACAAUGAAGUUGAGUCAGCAGCUAAGUUUGUAUUCCCUAAAGUAACCUCUCUCAUUCUCGACGAACUACCUCAACUCAGGAGUUUCUACCCAGGGGCACAUACUUCACAGUGGCCAUUGUUGAAAGAACUGAUAGUGCGUGCGUGUGAUAAAGUCAAUGUAUUUGCAUCCGAAACUCCAACAUUCCAACGAAGACAUCACGAGGGAAGUUUUGAUAUGCCGAUUCUCCAGCCCCUUUUCAUGCUCCAACAGGUUGCAUUCCCUUACUUGGAGGAAUUAUUAUUGGAUGACAACGGGAAUACCGAAAUAUGGCAAGAGCAAUUUCCAAUGGAUUCCUUUCCUAGACUAAGAUGGCUGAAAGUAUGUGGAUAUGGAGAUAUUUUGAUUGUGAUUCCUUCCUUUAUGCUUCAAAGAUUACAUAAUUUGGAAAGACUAAAUGUGAGAAGAUGUAGUUCAGUCAAGGAGAUAUUCCAACUUGAAGGACUUGACGAGGAAAAUCAAGCCCAGAGGCUUGGACGGUUAAGAGAAAUAUGGUUGCAUGAUCUUCCUGCGUUGACGCAUUUGUGGAAGGAAAACUCCAAAUCAGGCCUUGAUUUGCAAAGUCUAAAGAGUCUUGAAGUGUGGAAUUGUGACAGUUUGAUAAGUUUGGUGCCAUGCUCAGUAUCUUUCCAAAAUCUGGAUACUCUAGAUGUGUGGUUUUGUAGCAAUCUGAGAAGUUUGAUAUCACCCUCAGUAGCUAAAAGUCUGGUAAAACUCAGAAAGCUCAAAAUAGGUGGAUCGCAUAUGAUGGAAGAAGUAGUUGCCAAUGAAGGAGGGGAAGCAGUCGAUGAGAUUGCUUUCUAUAAAUUACAACACAUGGUACUUCUGUGUUUGCCAAACCUCACAAGCUUCAAUUCAGGGGGCUAUAUAUUCUCAUUCCCAUCCUUGGAGCAUAUGGUUGUGGAAGAAUGCCCCAAGAUGAAAGUUUUCUCUCCAAGCCUCGUAACUACACCAAAGCUAGAAAGAGUAGAAGUGGCAUAUGAUGAGUGGCACUGGCAUAAUGAUCUAAAUACCACAAUCCAUAAUUUGUUUAAAAAGACACAUGCCAAACAUAGGUGUUUUCCCAAGAAACCUAGCACUUCUACACACAUGGCGGUGGUGAAAUCAGAGAGAGAAGAGUCACAGAUGUUGAUGGAGUUGGGUUGUCGGUGCUCUCCUCGUAGCCCUUUUACUAUGGCAAUGAAUCCAAUGAUUUCGCUCUUCGAUCACAGCAACAAACCCUGCCACCAUGUGAAGGGAUAUACACUGGUAAAUCCAGUGAUAUAUGAGAUUAAUGAUUUGAAUUCAAGAGUUCCAUUUGCUCACCGUGUGGGACUUCUGUCAGAUGAACUCUAUAAGAAAUUGUUAGUGGAAUUGUGUCCAAUGUGGCCUCUGCCCUUGUGAAAUGGCUUAUGGUCAUUGAAGUCUACCACCAAUAUAGGGGUUACAACAUUGCAAGAGGAAAGUGGGGGCGAGGAGAAGGUCAUGUUGAUGGUCCAAUUCAAGAUACAAAGGUCUCAAAUGAUUUUGACAAAGUUUACAUUGGAAGUAGCUGCUCUCUUAUGGCUAUAGACAAAGUUCUCAAAUGAAAACAAAUACCCAUAGUUUGUCUAUACAGAGUUUUUAUUGUUCAGAAAGUUAUUGUUGAGCAAGAAAAUGUUUCUAUCAACCAUUUCAUUUGAAAUGUUAAUAUUGAAUUUAUUCAAAAAGAUAUUUAAAAUUGAAGCAAGGGAAAUGAAUUAAAGAUGAAA